AUGAGUAGUCGCAAAGCAAGUAGCCACCCAGUGCUGUCGGCCACGAAACCAGUUCCCGUCACCCGCUCGAUUCCCCUCGGCGAUUUUCCGGACCAUGAGCCUAAGCCGCGCUGGACCGCGUAUCUGUGGGAUAGCCUGGACAAAUCACCCCAAGAACGCCGAUUUUUAUUCAAGAUUGAUGCUGCGAUCCUCACCGUGGCGUGCUUGGGGUACUUUAUCAAGAAUUUGGACCAGGUUAAUGUUAACAACGCCUUUGUUUCCGGCAUGAAAGAAGACUUGGAUCUCAACGGCAAUGAGCUCAACUACAUGCAGACUUGCUGGACGCAACCUACUUUUGACGCGAAUCCGACCUUCGUUGUGGAUUCCUUCGUGUGA